AUGACCUGGUCGCCACAAAGUCUGGAUCCACUUCGCUUCUUCCCUCCCCUGACGCAGCCAGCGCCACCACUCGAUACGCAUGCAAGCACCUCGGCUCUCCAACUGACUUUGUCUGACAAGAAGCGCUUCUACGUUGGUUUGUCGAAUCCCAGCAUAGAUUGCUACUUUAACAGUGUUGUACAGAGUCUCGCAAGUCUCGUACACCUUGCGCAGUACCUUGACGACGUCACUGUCAUGUCACGUCGAUGGCAUGUUGCCACGCCCGUAACUGAUGCCCUACGCUCUCUUCUCGUCUUGCUGAACACGCCACAGUCGCAUCGCAUGACAGUCGCACCACGCGACCUUCGCCGAGCCCUACAACAUCGCGCUUCUCACUCUCAAGGUAUUCGCACACUCCUCUCUGCUCAGCAGCAGCAAGAUGCACACGAGCUUUGUGUUUUGCUCGUCGAAGCGCUUGAUGCCGAACUUGGCACUGUUCAACAAGCUCGCUCAGAUGCAUUGCGUGCAGCAUGCGUGGGGUUGCAAGUGCUCACGGCCCCGUCACAUAUUGUACAUGGCCGCUUGCGGACGCAACUUGGGUUUGAUGGUGACCACAGCUCGAAUCCUUUCCGUGGCACUCUCGCACAACGUACUUCGUGUGGCCAGUGUGGCUAUAUGGAAGCUAUCCGCCAUUUCUCCUUUACCGACAUUGACCUCGUGGUACCAGGCGCCGCGUGCACGCUGGAGUACUGCCUCAGUGCUUGGAUGCAGCUCGAGGGCAUUGAAUGGGUUUGUCAUCGGUGCAGUCUUCUAGCGACAAUGAAGCGCAUCGAGCUCGAGCGGAUUGCUAGGGAUGCUCAGGCCAUCGAUCACCGUCAGUCAGCUCGGCAGCUGAAGAAGAUACGUCUUCUUGAUGCACAGCUCGACAGAGUUGCGAAGGUGAUUCGCAGCGGUGUGCAUGAGUCAGAGCUAGAGGCAUCCCAUGCUCUGGACGGUAUCGUGCAGGAGCGCGUGCUGAGUACGUCUGCGACGAAGCAAAUCAUGCUCGCAAAAGCCCCACGGAUCCUGCUUCUUCACGUCAACCGCUCGUCUUUCUCUCUCGGUCAAUUCGGCGCUAGCAAGAAUCACGCACGAGUCCUGUUUUCUGAACGUCUGAAUUUAGCUCCGUUUAUUACAGGGUCGUCACUUUCGUCCCAUCCCAUGAAACGCUUGUCUACAUCGCAUACGCCGACAUGGUACGUGCUUCGUGCUAUCGUGACGCACUACGGCACACACAACUAUGGUCAUUACGUGUCAUAUCGACGGCGUCCUAAUGGUGUAUGGACACGAGUAUCGGAUGAAAACGUACAGCUAUGCGCGUGGGACGAUGUGCAAGCUCAGAAUCCCUACUUGCUCAUGUACGAGCGCGUUGACGGUUACGACGACAACGGGUGCUCUGAGUCCGUCAAUGAUAUUGGCAAUCCCCAUGGAGGCGACCAUGGCGAGCCCCGCAUAUUCCAUUCAGCACCGCGCACCAUGAUACCCCCCCUACACAAGACGCACUUGCAGCCGCGUACGCUGCAUCGCUGGGAUGCUUAUGCAUUCUUGUCACGAAACCACGCAACUCCAGCCGCGUAG